CUCCACCUCACCUCACCACCGCAUCCAUCCACUGCAUUCUAUCUCCCUCCGGUCCUUCUUUUGACCUGUACAACAUAGAUUUUAGAUUUCUAUUCCCUCACAUACACCUUGCAUAGACACCACCACCACCACAACGACACCAACCCCACAUAAUUCCAUCCCCAUAAAUCCACCCCCCAAAUCCAACGACCAACGAAACCAAAAUGGCACCAACCCCCAUAACAAUCCUAACCGGCUUCCUCGGCUCCGGCAAAACCACCCUCCUCCUAAACCUCAUCCCCCAACUCCCCCCCACCUACCGCCUCGCGCUAUUGAAAAACGAAUUCGGCGACGUCGCAAUCGACUCCCAACUCGCCACGACGUCCUCUAUCAGCGGCGUCCGGGAACUCCUCAACGGAUGCAUCUGCUGCAACCUCGUCGGACAACUCAGCGAUGCGCUAUUCCAACUUCUCGAGACCGUUUCCCCAGACCGAAUUGUGAUCGAGACCUCGGGGUCUGCGUUCCCAGCUACGUUGGCGAUGGAGGUUAAUCGGCUUGCGCGGGAGCAUCCGGGGACGUUUGUCCUUGAUGGGGUGAUCAGCGUGAUUGAUGUGGAGAAUUGGGAGGGGUAUGAGGAUACGAGUUACACGGCGAAGUUGCAGGCUAGGUAUACGGAUUUGAUUGUGUUUAAUAAGUGGGAGGCGGCUGGGGAGAUGAGGUUUGAUGUUUGCUUGGAUCGGGUGGGUGAUUUGGAGGUGGAGACGCCGUGGGUUAAGUCGGAUAAGGGGAGGGUGGAGAUGGGGGUGUUGUUGGGGAUUGAUGGGGCGUUGGUGGCGAAGGAGGGAGGGGUGGAGUUGCUUGGGGAGGAGCAUGAGCAUGAGCAUAAACACGGGGAUGGGCAUGGACAUGAGCAUGGACAUCAGUCCGAGGUGGAGGUGUUGUCGGUUACGUUGAAGGGGCCUGUUGGGAGUGAAGGGCCGGUGGUGGAUACCAAGGCGUUGGUGGAGAAGUUGUUGCGCGCGGCGUCCAAGGAGGAGGUGUAUCGGAUUAAGGGCGUCAUGCGGUGUUCGACUGCCGAGCCGCCUGCUGCCUCGGAGGAGGAGCAGUCGGUGGUGGGUACGGAUGCUGGUGUGGAUGGGGAAGGCCGAGCGACGAAGCACUUUAUCUUGAAUUGGGCCUUUGGGCGUUGGACGUUCACUGCGUCGGAUGCGGUGGCGGAGAGUUUGGACCCUGGGGUAGCGGCGAGGAUCACCCUCAUUCUGGCCCGGUAUGAGUCUGGCAAGUGGAAGAAGAGGCUGGAGGCCGGGGGCCUGGUUCAGGUGGGAGAGGGGUGUGAGGGAACCGAAUUGGUGGUGGAGAGGCUGGUAUAGAGGUCUCUGGUUCUAGAUUUGGGGCAGGAUGCUUGGAGCUGGCUCUGCAUCUGAUGACUUGCUGCAUGUUAGACGCAUAUUGAUGAUGAUGCUGGAAUGAUAAGAGUUGGUAGAUAGACAUAGAUAGACAAAACAUUACACAGUAGAACAAACAAAGGCUAUAUGACAC